CUCAAUCAUGAACGCUUCGAUGUACGCGUUAUCUAUCUGCAUACUUAUUUCAUGCUUGGAGUUUGUGAAUGCGCUUACGGGGCCACAUGUAUGCUCCAGGAGUGUGCUUAAAUCAAGAAACACAUACAGGCAUUGUGGAUUUUUUGGAUGGAGCCGAUGUAGUAAAACUGUGUACUACUGGGGCACCGAAAAUUACUGCUGUGCAGGUUGGAAGACGGACGGCCAUGGCUCCUGUAGAAUACCAAUAUGCAGAGUAGGAUGUUAUAACGGAGGGACCUGCAUUGCCCCAGACAGAUGUCAAUGUCUUCCUUCCUACGCUGACGGGGGACACUGCACUAAUGUCCAAUGCUCACAUCUACACCCGUGUUUCCCUGGAGUCUGUACAUCGUCAUACAGCUGUAGUUGUAUGGAUGGAUGGCAAGGGCCAAACUGCCUGACAUUUAAGAACGCAAAGAACAUGCCAAAACUGCUUUCAUGCGAUGUAACUUUGAAAGACGACAGGAGAACUGAUUUGAAGAACCUCUUCUAUAUGAAUGUCCCGUGUGCUACAACCAAUGUGCCGAUAUGGAGUAACCAGGAGAACUUUAAUUAUGUCAAUUUCCAACUUCAAGCCAUAUUUGAACCGAUGUAUACGACUUUUCCCUCGGCAAACUAUGUUUCCAAAUCAGGUUUUGGAAUCGUUGCUAGCAACGCCCAUAUCACUCAUAGAAAAGUUAACAAGGACCAAAGCGGCAACCCUUUCAUCGCUUACGAUCACACGUUCAGAUGUUCUCAAGUCUCAAACACGAAUCCCUUGUUUGAUUUGAACUGCACCCUUAUACAAAGAGACUACAUAUACAGUAUUGAACAUGGAGACAACUUUACCGUGACGUUCAACGUGAAAAGUGGUGGGUUCCGGAACUUGAACAACAUAAACACAAACGUAUUAUACAGAACAAAUUUGUACAAUGGUCAUACAGUGUCGGAAACAGUAGAGUUUAAAUUUGACUUUGUAGCCCCAAAGCAUUGUUCCGAACAAGACUCUGGAAGAGCGUGUAUAAAAGGACAAGAACCAAUCGCAGUAUAUGAAGAUCUUACGAAGAAUCCAAUAAGACCACGAUGGUCGGGAUGGUUUGACGAUCAUUCUGGACUCCUUGAAUACAGACUUGAGGCAUUUCUCCUUGAGCCAAACAUUCAUGGCGAGCUCAUUGAACUGAAUCCGUUGUCUCCUGUUUUCACAUACACCACAAACAAUACAAACAACGUAACAUUUCCUACAUUCAUACCUAAGAAUUCGGGGAUGUUUUCGAUCUUACUGACAGCCGCCGAUAUGGCUAACAAUACAAAGAUUGCAAGGCGUCUUGUAUUGUUUGACAACUCGUCUGAAAUAACAAUUACAAAACCUGGUCUUCUUACGAAAAUGCCAAACGCUGAAGAUGUUGAACAAAUGGUCGUUGGAGACGGGGGCUUCUAUAUUGUCAGUGCUAUAAAGGAGACAGGAUUUAUGUGGCAAACGUCUGAAAAUGAUACGGAAUCACGGAUUGAAAUCCAUUGGGAAAAUCACUUUGUAAACGAUUUAUACGACAAAGGAAAGUUGCUCAAUAAAGUAUUACCUUACCCAAUACAAUUCCUGGACUUGGAAGAUGAUGGAAUUCUAAGAAGCAAAAAAUUCGUUGCUAUGGAUGACGAGGAGGGUGAUAGGACAAUGAAGGCGAUACCAAAUAAGCGUGGAUUGGUCAAGUUUGAAUUAAAUCGUAUAUAUACUGACGAUAAAGAGAUUCCAGUAUCAAAAUGGGAGAAAUUACCAUUGGAGGAGAGCUAUGUAAUCAUGGAGCACCUCAACGAUGGGAGUCACGUUAGGAUUUGGCUACGUGCGACUGACGUCAUGAACAAUACGGCUGUUGAUUACACUGAAGUUCAUAUUGACAACUCACCACCGAGAAUCUCAGAUCAGCAACUUAAGGAAAACAUUAUAAAUGGGACAUAUACGUACACAUCCAGAGUCACAUUCAAAGCGUCCGAUGAUGGAAGUGGUGUCCAUAAGUUGGAAAUGGCUCUUUAUGUUGGCAACAGUUCUACACCGAAGAAAAUACACUCAGUUUCGGCAAAUAAGAACGACUCUGCAGGCAUCUGUAAAGAUGACCCAUCUUGCAACUGUGUUCUGGAUGUGUGUUACCGCCUCCAACAAAUGAUUGACCUUGACAACUGCUGGUUUCUCGUCCCAAAGGAAGACCUCAAUAAAUCGGGGACAUUACACGUAACGACAUACAACCAGGCCUUGCUUACAAGAAAUUUCAACUUGACGAUUGCACACCUGAAUACGUUAAAUGGCCUUGAAGAAUAUUCCGGACCAACAAACAUACGAAUUGAAGAGAGAUUGCCAAAUGGAGCCCGCCUGACUUGGGAUAUUCCUGAUACCCCUUCAUGCUACGGGAGGGUGGAAAUAGCGUUAGUCGUCUACCUUGGAAACGGACAAACAAGAGUAAUACAGGUUAACAGCGAGCAGACUUCAGUUGACAUUGUCGGCUUAGAUUCAGACAAGGAGUACAGUGUGUCCCUGAAUGUUGGAUAUGAAGGGACUGAAUUAGCUGCUCUACCAUACAAAUUCAAAACAGCUGAAAGAGAAAAUCAUCUGCAAGGAGGCGUAAUUGCCGGCAUCGUUAUAAGUGUACUGGUUAUACCUGCACUGUUGACGGCAGUUUUUGUGCUCCUGCUGCGAAGAGGUUAUAUGCAGCCGGUACGACGAGGACUACAAGCGGUAUCUGUCAGGUAUAGGAGAUCAAUGGCCGGCAAUGACUUUUUCGGUAAGAAUUCUAGGUCUUAUACAAACUCUAUGUACAUCUACGGUGACAUGGACUUUGCAGACCUUGAUUCUUGGCAGCUAGCUCGAGCUGACGUCAGCUUACAAAGUAUUAUGAAGUCAGGGUCAUUUGCUGAUAUUUACACGGCGUCCAUCGCAAACAACGGCAACACAGUGGUAGCAAAGGUUCUUAAACAGGGCUUUACAAAACAAGACGAACAUCUAAUGAAAGCCAAAGUCAAUUUCUUUUCUACCGUGGUUGGAAAGCAUGAAAAUGUCAUUAAGUUUAUAGGAGCAGUUAUCGACGACACAGUUAUGGGACCGUUCAUCAUAUAUGAAUAUUGCUCCAAUGGGCAACUUAGUGACUAUCUUCAGGCAAUGAAAUCCAACAUGACCCUGGAGUCACAGGAAAUACUAUACAGGUUUGGCCUUGGUGUAGCCCGUGGCAUGGAAUACUUGGCCGGAAAAGAGGUUGUCCAUCGGCGACUGGCAGCACGGAAUAUUCUACUGGACAGCGCUGUUGAAGUUAAGAUUGCUGGUUUUGGACCCAUGGAUGUGGACGAAGACAAAGGAAAACGCGAGCGUAUUCCAAUCAAGUGGAUGGCUCCCGAGUGUUUGAAGACAACAAAGGGUGCGUCAGAGAAGAGUGAUGCUUGGUCGUACGCCGUCGUGUUAUGGGAAAUAUUUUCUCUCGGUGAUGCACCAUAUGAAAACAUUCGAGGAAAGGAGAUCCCAGACAAGCUGAAGAGUGGUUACAGGCUUCCCAAACCAGAACAGAGCGAUGACAAAUGGUACGACGUAAUGACGCGAUGCUGGCAAGCCCACCCAGAUCAACGCCCGACAUUCAAGACCAUCAGAGGAGAACUGGACGAGAUGUUUGUGGCCGCGCCUCAAGACGACUACUAUUUCUAUAGAAAAUAGUAUUUGACGGAAAAAGAACAGAUUGUUUAUAUGGAACAUUAUUGUCAACGUGUUAGGGGUAGUAGAUAUUGGAAUUAUGGAACAACUGCAAUACUUUGUAUAACUCAAAAGCUAUGUUUGUUUUUUUGUGAUGUGAGGGUAUUCAUAUAAGAGAUGAAAUGUAACCAAGUAGUAUGAUAAUAGAAGAAGAUUAUAUAGCUAAAUUAAAUUGAAUAAGAGAAAUUUGAAAAUCACGAUUGUCUAUCUAAUAGGACAAGUGCCUUGCAGUAAAUGAAAAUGUCACUCACCUCAGCAGGACUGUCCCCCAUUUAUGACGUUGACAAGCAACUACGUAAAGUAACAUUUGACCUAACAAACAUAAAACAUGUAUAUAUCUUACAGUUGUUUUCAAAUCAUCUGGUGGUAGACAUUUGAAUGUUAGUAGACAUGUUCUCCUUCGUAUAUCAGUUCAUAUAUUAUCAUUGCUAUAUUUCAUUAAAUUAUUAUCAUUUAUGAAGUUGAGAGGCAAAUACAGACAAUAAUAUUUGAACACAUAUAUUAAAUACAUUGUAAAUAUCUGACAUUAUUUUCAAGUCCAUCUGGUGGCAGACAUUUGACUUAUAAUAGGCAUAUAAUAAUGCUUGUUUCAAUUUAUAUAUUAUCAUGGUUCCAUAUUUGAGUAAAUAAUUAUUAUUUAUAAAGUUGACAAACAAUAACAGACGAUACCAUUUGACCAUACAUACAUUGAAUAGAUUGUAUAUGUCUUACAGUGUUGUUUUUUCAAAUUCAACUGGUAACAUUGGAAUGGAUGUAGACCUGUAAUAACUCGUUCAAUACAUAUAUUGUCAUAAGUUCAUAUUUGCGUAAAUGAAUACAACCUAUAUAGUUGAAAAGCAAUUAUAAUAGACAACAUUUUUACCAUACAAACAUUGAAUAUGUUGUAUAUACCUUACAGUAUUUUCAAAUUCAUCUGGUGGUAGACAUUUGGACUAUUGUAUACCCGCAGUGCUUCAUGUUAGUUCAUAUAUUAUCAUGGUUUCAUAUUUGAGUAAAUAGAUAUAAUUUAUAAAGUUGACACAAUAUUUCAGACAGACAUAUUUGACCAUACAAACAUUGAAUAUAUUAAAAGCAUCCGACGGUAUCUUAAAGCACUUCGGGCAGUAAAAAUUAUCAAGUAGUAAAUAUAGCAGUCCUAAUACUUAAUAUAUCAAUUUAGAUAUUAUCAAGGUUUUAUAUUUACUUAUGGUCUUAUUAUUUUUAAAAUUGUCAAGCCAUUUCAGAAGUUAAAUAAAUCGUAAACUUUACACAUGAAUGGAUUUCUUGUAUCUAAAAGUAUUUUCAAAAUGUCACUGUAUGUAUUGUAAAUAUUCUAGUAAACUGCGUGAAAUCUUAUAUUUAAAGAGCCAUAGUUUGUUUAAAGAGCCAUGGUUUGUUAUUUUUCCAAUAUAUUAUGAUAUACAUGUUUUCGAUCUAGGAUCAGUUCAAAACACAUUCACAUUCAUCUGCUUAUAAAUAAACUUUUAUUCAUUAAACUAU